AUGCCCGAAGUCAUGAACGAUACCCCAGUGCACCUCACUGAGGUCGACAUCGACCUUGACGUUCAAGAGAUCCUCCUCGCUGCAUCACAACAUGACCAGUCCAAGCUGCGCCGUCUCCUCCGCACCCAGUCUCAGCUGCCCGAUGCCGCAAACGUCAAAGACACCGAGACCGGCUUUUCACCUUUGCACGCCGCAAUCGCCGCCUGCGAGCCCGAUACAGAGACUGUCAGCACGAAUGGUCAGACCACCUCAGACUCGAACCCUAAAGGCCUGGACGCCGAGACCCUGAAGUCAGGAGUGGAGACAGUCAAGUUUCUCCUACAGGAAGGCGCUAUCUGGAACGAGCUCGACACGAACAACGAGACACCCGGCUGUAUUGCGCGUCGAAUUGGCGCUCUCGAUCUAUAUGAUUUGAUCGUUGACGCAGGUGUUCGCGCAGAGUUACUGCUGAACCGCCUUGACGCAUAUGAAGAGCUAUCCGACGACGAAGAGGAGGAUGAGGAAGCCGAGGGCGAAACCGAAGCCGACACAGCACCGGAACUCGUCGAUGCUGCCGCCGAACUCCCAGAAACUACAACCACAACCACCCCGGUCAACCCAGAAGUCUCCAACACGCAGUACCUGGAGUCGCGCCUGAACAUCCAGAAUGACCGGAUCCUGGAUGCAGACCAGAACGGCGUGAUGAUGCGCUGGGAAAGCGACAUCAUGCUUAAGUCUGCGAAGGCACUGCUCCCGACACCCGGGUUGAAAGUUCUGAACAUCGGUCACGGGAUGGGUAUUGUGGACGGAUUCUUCCAGGAACAAGGGCCGGCAGUGCACCACAUUGUCGAGGCGCACGAGGAGGUCGUUGCGGAGAUGAAGCGUCGCGGGUGGGAUACUAAGCCCGGUGUUGUUAUCCACCAGGGUCGCUGGCAGGAUAUUCUCCCUGGCCUUGUGGAGGCUGGGGAGACGUUCGAUGCUAUCUACUAUGACACCUUUGCGGAGUCAUAUGCUGAUUUCCGGGACUUCUUUUCUGAGCAAGUUAUUGGGUUGUUGGAGCAGGAGGGUCGGUGGGGAUUCUUUAAUGGCAUGGGUGCUGAUCGUCAGAUCUCAUAUGAUGUCUACCAGAAGGUGGCGGAGAUGGAUCUCUUCGAGGCUGGGUUUGAUGUGAAGUGGGAGGAGAUUGCUGUACCCAAGCUGGAUGGCGAAUGGGAGGGUGUGCGCCGGGCUUACUGGGUUGUGGAUGAUUAUAGAUUGCCCCUGUGCAAGUUUAUGGAUUAA